UGUUUUUUAUUUUUAUUUUACUGUUUAUAUGUGUUAUUUCGCUAUUUUCAAUAACGCAUUUUUUACGUUUGCAUUUUUUAUUUUUACUGUAUAUACUGUUACCACAUUAUCAUUGUACAGUAUAUUAAAAUGAGUUUACCAAGUGAAAUUGCAAGAAAAAUAUAUGCUUAUGUUAAAAGUAUUGAAGUUAAAAAAGAAGAAAUUCAUGAAGAAAAAAUGGCAAUUGAAGAAGAUGAAAAACAUUUAGAAACUAUGAAGAAGGCAGUUAACGAAUUACGAUUAAAGAUAAAUCGACAAAAAGAAAGAAUACAUGUAGUCAGUGAAGAAAUAAAAGGGAUUGAAAAUAAUAUUUCUGGACAAUUACAAAGUUUGAAAGAAAUUAAAGAAGAACAUGAAAAAGGAAUGGUAUCACCAAAAUAUAGAUAUGUUGAACAAGAAAAUGCGGCAACAGUCUAUGAAAGGGUGUUGGAUUCUCUCAGGGAAAAAGGAAUAAUAUAACGAUAACAUAUAUACAAAAAACUAAUAUUAUUGGAAAUACUGGAGGGAUAACGUUACGAGGGAAUCGUAAGGAAAUAAUUAAACAGAAGUAUAAAAAUUUUAAGAUAUAAAUUACAAUUAUAAUAAAACGGAGGAAACCGUAAAUUAAUAUAUUAUAGUAAUUUUUUA